CGGAAGCGCAACCGAACCCUACACCGUCCGUCCGACAGAGGAGGCUGGUGUGGCAGCAAAACAGGGUGCGGGGAGCAGGCGGCGGCGACGAGGUUUUGCUGCUCCCACAGCGCACGCAGCGCCGACGCGACCGCAGCUCGUCGCCGCCGCCGGAUCGAGAAGGAGGGGGAGGCGGCAGCGCCUGUGGCGGCGGCAGCGGGAGCGCCAUGAGGGGCGGCGGCGGCGGGAGGCAGCCCUACGCGGCGGCGGACGCGGCGGUGAUCCCGGUGGCCUCGAGGAAGAUGGUGCAGAGCCUCAAGGGGAUCCUGGCCGACCGCUCGGAAGGCGAGAUCUACGCCACGCUCUGCGACUGCGGCAUGGACCCCGACGUCGCCGUCGAGAGGCUCAUCUCCCAAGAUACUUUUCAUGAAGUGAGAAGAAAGCGGGACAAGAAAAAGGAGACCAAAGCUCCUCAGGAAACAAGACCUCGACCAUUCCAUAAGUCUAUAUACCGAGGGUAUAAGGCUAGUUCUGAUCGAAGUGGGCGUUUUCAAGCUGGAUUAGGAGACUCGACGGGUGGUGUUAAAGGCCCUAUCAAGAGAGAAACAGAGUUACAUGCUCCACCAAACUCAUCAGUCUUGGAUGUCAAGACAAGCAGUCCUACAGAAACAAUUUCUGCUACUACCAAUGUUUCCCAAGCUGAUGCAAGGUACACCACUUCCCAGCCUCCAUCUCAAGCGCAGCAUGGUUGGGGUAUUCCAGGUCGCCCUUCCAUGGCUGAAAUAGUAAAGAUGGGCAGGCCUCAAUCUAGAGUUGUGAGCAGAUCGAUUGCUAGUAGCACUGCCAUGCCAGCUGUUGGUGAUUCAGUCAUUUCCAACACACCAAGUCACACACCCAAGGAAUACAAUAACACUGUUUUCGCAUCAGAAGUUGGCCAUGGCACAUCAUAUAAGUUACCAAAUGGUGCUAUUGAGGUGUACUCUGUAUCUAAGGAUGCUUCCUCAUUUGAUAUAUCACCUCCAGCAGACGGAGUGGACGUGGCAGCUCCUUCCAUGAAUGCAAACGCACAAGGUUCAGCAACUGCAGAUGUCAACAAAGACGGCAUUGAAAAAGAGACAAAUUUAGAGGAGGAUAAUGCAGAAAGUUUGACAAUUUCUGGACAAUUUUCUGCUUCUGGUAAAGAUGUGCAAUCAGAACAUGUUGGCAUUGCCACUCAUCUGGACAAUGGCUUGAUAGAGGAAACAGAUGAAUUUCAGUCCAACGGCCUUUCACUUGAGCAUAACCAAAAUUCAAAUGGAGAUAUGUCUACUGCAACGAAACAAUUUGACCGUUUGACUCUUCAUGAGGGACCAAAAUCGUCUGAUGAUAAUCCGGCUGUAAUAAUCCCUGAUCAUCUUCAGGUUUCAAAUGCUGAUUGCGCACACUUGACGUUUGGUAGUUUCGUGUCCGGAACACUUGAUUCAUCUUUGUCUGUAAAACCUCUCAAUAGUCAUGGGGAGGUUGCGACAGUACCCGAUAACCAUUCAAUUGAACAGUCAGAUGUUAGAAUCCACGAGGAUGAAAGCAAGGUGACAGUAACACCUGCAGCUAAUGAGUAUGUGACUUCGGCAACAAACAGCAAUGUGGAGGAUCUUGAUGUUACAUCAGCACAACAGUCUAAAGUGACAAGAGCCAAUUUCAUGGAUGUCACAAACAACACCGAACACAAUCUAUCAUCGACCCCUGAUUACGCAACUUCAACUGCAGUGCGACAAGAUUCUGGUUCACACGCUUAUCUGCAGGAAAAUCGACAAUUGCAAAACAUUUCUCCUCUCUCAAGCUUUAUGCAAAUACAAAAUGGUCUACUGCCACCAACAAUCCCACCUUUGCGCGAGUUCGAUCCAGCAUUCUCACUGUUGCUCACUAACCCACCUACAAUGAUUCAUGGUACAACAUCAUCAUCCAUGAGCAACACAACUGUUUCUGCGCAGCCGCAAGAGAAUGUCAAUCCAGGUGGUUUACCCAACCCUCAAUAUACUCAAUCUCAGCCAAGCACCAGCAUUGCUUCAGGGCCUCCUCUCCCUCAGCAUCUUGCCCUUCAUCCUUAUGCUCAAGCAGCAACUCUUCCUCUUGGGUACGCAAGCAUGAUUGGCUAUCCAUCUCUGCCGCCAAGUUAUGCUUAUAUCCCGCCUGCUGCUUUUCAGCAACCAUACAUGAACAGUGGUCUAUUCCACCAAGCAGCAGCUGCAGUUCCCAACUCUAGCAUGAAAUACCCUCUACCACAGUACAAAAGCAACAUUGCCCUUACUAGCUUACCACAACCAGCCUCUAUGCUCUCAAGCUAUGUUGGAGGCUUCGGAACUGCAAACAACAUGCAUGGUAAUUUCCCUCUGAACCAAAGCACAGCAUCAGCAGCCGCUACUCUUGGGUUCGAUGGAACGGUCCCCUCACAAUACAAAGAUGGAAAUCAGUACAUUUCUCUUCAGCAGAGUGAGAACCCUGCAAUGUGGAUGCAUGGAGCUGGUUCACGAGCAAUGCCCCCACUUGCAGCCAAUACAUUUUAUGGCUAUCAAGGGCUGAGUCAUCAGGCUGGCCUUCGGCAGGGCCAGCUACCUUCACAGUUUGGCGCCGCGCUUGGGCAGUCACAGCCAGGCUUGGGCCCUGAACACCGAAACCCUAGUGAUAGCAACUUAAGUGCUGCUGCUCAGGCUAACCCAAUGUGGCCAAAUAGCUACUGAUCCAUCCCUUCUCGACUAUCCUGAAGGUGGCGGUCCUUUUGUGGUGUGUGCGGCACCAGAGAUGUCGUGCACCGGAAUAGCAACCGUGUACAUGAGUUGCUGUCGUGACAUUUUGAGAGGCCCGGGAGAUACACGUCGAGCAAAUUUCUACUUGUGUUUCUAGGAUGGCCUAAAUUUGUAGCUCGAUCUGUUUAUUCGUAAUGUGAUAGAAAAGGACCGUUCUUUCUGUUUAUUCUUGUUUUUGUCGUUUACAUAUCUUGUGGCAAUAAACCCGAAAUAUCUAACAAAGCAGCACCAUUAUUUUCGAGGAAGCAAAAUAUGAGCUAGCUUUGCAUCA